UGUUUAAACUUGUUUAAACAGUAUAAACGGUUUUCUACAUUUCAACAAAAUUAAAUAGCUUUUCACUAACCUUUUUAAGUAAACAUAAAGCUUUUAAUGUCCUCUCUAUCUAAACCAUAAAAGAAGGGAUAAUGAUUAGUAUGUAGUAUGUAAAUUUCAGUUAGAGUAAAUGAGUAAAUCCACAAAUAUAUUUGGUUUAGAGAUACAGAACUGCGAUAAACGAACAACAACUCCGAAAUAACAUAUUACAUAUCCAUAUAACUAAAAUGACCAAUUCAAGACAACUAAAUUCACUCCAUAGUUUAGAUAAUUAUAGAACAACAACUAAAACAUGCUAGAAGAAGACAUAUUCAUGUAUGAAAAAAAAACAAAUCACCAUCUUUUGGAGAACGUCCAUGUAAAUAAAAACAUGAGCAUACUCCUUCGUCGGAUGACAUCUGUGUGGCCUCGGACUGUCGUAUGUAGUGGUGGGUAAUCUAAAUACACGAAAUAGAACUGUCGUAUGUGAGCCAUUGUCUAUUAGACCUAUAGCCGUAUGUCGCCGUUACCAGCAGCGGCCACAUGGGCGGGGCAGGUGGGCUUAUGUUGCUGCGCGCGCGGUGCCGUCUCCAACUCUGUCUCGGCCUCUCGCGUGGAGGUGGAGGUGGAGGCGGAGCCGAUGAGAUCGAUCGCCCGACCCCCGUCACGUCCGGGGUCGCAUUCUCUUUCCGUCCCGGGGAAAAAAGAAGGAAACCGAACCUUGGCAGCGGCGUGCCGGCAGGCAUGUCAGCGACGGUAGCCGGCCACAGGUCCAGAUUCCGGAACCGAACCACCGUCCCCCGCGAACCACGGAACAGCGAAGACACCUGGGCCAGGGUAAGACGCUUCGUGAUUGGACGCCACACGCGGCCGUUUCUCGUUCGGCCCUGUGCGUGGCCUAUCCACGAUUGGGCCACGCCAAACGCGACCUAUAGGCUAGUGAGGCCAAGCCGAUCCGAAACAUCGCGUUGCGUCCCGCACAAUCCCGUCCCGAUCUGGGCCGGGGGCACGCGAGCGACGAUAAACUUCCUCGUGGCGGUGAGGGCCGGCUUGGAGUCGGCGCAGAGCUGGACGAGUUGCACUUGCACCUUGCACGCGACAGCCACGCACUAGCCUGCAGCUGCAGGGCAGGGGCGGAGACCAUGGGGAGCCCGCACCAUGGACACGGCGUUGACGGUGGCGGCCGCAGCGACGACGAGGAGGGCGACGCCGGGUCGUGGCGGCUGCGCAUGGACAGCGGCUUCAGCGUCCCGGACCGGUUCCACCGCCAGCCGCCCUUCUACGCCAGGAUCUUCGGCGGCUCGCACGGGAAGCAGAGGAAGAUCGCGAAGUACUACAAGAAACAAGAGAAUCUACUGAAGGAUUUCAGCGAAAUGGAGACCAUGAACGAAAUGGGUGGCCUAGAUCAGAAUGCUCCUACCGAGGAAGAGCAGAAGCAGUUGGCGAAGAGCGAGAGGUUUGCCAUCAACCUGUCGAAUGCAGUCAACCUGGUCCUCUUCGUAACAAAAGUCGUCGCUUCAGUCGAAAGCGCGUCCAUGGCGGUUAUAGCGUCGACGCUGGACUCUCUGUUGGACCUGCUGUCAGGGUUCAUACUUUGGUUCACUGCGUACAAGAUGAAAAAGCCGAACAAGUACAACUAUCCAAUUGGAAAGAGGCGCAUGCAGCCAGUGGGAAUAAUAGUUUUCGCAUCAGUGAUGGGCACACUUGGCUUCCAAGUGCUGAUCGAAUCAGGGCGCCAGCUCAUAACUCAGGAGCACGCGGAUUUCAAGUUCAAGCAAGAGCUGUGGAUGGUCAUUAGCAUGUCCUCUGUUGCGGUCGUGAAGUUCUUCCUCAUGCUCUACUGCAGAACGUUCAAGAAUGAGAUCGUGAGGGCCUACGCCCAGGACCAUUUCUUCGACGUAAUCACAAACUCGGUCGGCCUGGUCUCGGCGCUGCUCGCUGUCCGGUUCAAAUGGUGGAUGGACCCUGUUGGCGCCAUACUGAUCGCGUUGUACACGAUCACGACGUGGGCGCGAACAGUGCUGGAGAACGUAGGCACACUGAUAGGCAAGUCGGCGCCGGCAGAGUACCUGACGAAGCUCACGUACUUGAUCUGGAACCACCAUGAGGAGAUCCAGCACAUCGACACGGUGCGAGCCUACACCUUCGGCACGCACUACUUCGUCGAGGUGGACAUCGUUCUCUCGGGCGACAUGCCGCUGAGUCAGGCACAUGACAUCGGCGAGUCGCUGCAGGAGAAGCUGGAGCAGCUGACCGAGGUCGAGCGCGCCUUCGUCCAUGUGGAUUUCGAGUUCACGCACCGGCCCGAGCACAAGGCCGAGGUCUGAGUGCGUGGUUAGUGGUUACUGCAGAGUUCAGACCAGCUGUAGCGCUACUGCAGAUUUGACUUCAUAUGCUAUUAGUUCGUAAGAUGAAUGCUAUAUUCAUUUCCCACAACUCUUCAAAAAGAAUCUAGAUAUUUUUUGUCAUGUACGUGCAGACUGGAAUAAAAUUUUGUAUAGUCGUUCAUGAACCGGUGAAAAAUAUAUUUUUUAAUACAUUUGACUAAUAAAGAAUUAUUCAUAUUA